AUGGAUGGAGGCAACUGCUCUGUGGUAUCUGAGUUUGUGUUCCUGGGGCUCUCCAAUUUGUGGGGCAUCCAACUGCUGCUUUUCCUCCUUUCUUCUGUGUUCUACAUGGCAAGUGUGAUGGGGAACCUCCUCAUUGUGUUCUCUGUGACUGCUGACUCCAACCUCCACUCCCCCAUGUACUUCCUGCUGGCCAAUCUCUCAUUUCUGGAUCUGGGCGUUUGUUCUGUGGCAGCCCCCAAGAUGAUUUAUGACCUCUUUAGAAAACACAAAACCAUCUCUUUUGGCGGUUGCAUAGCGCAGAUCUUCUUCAUCCAUGCUAUUGGAGGCACGGAGAUGGUGCUGCUCAUGGCCAUGGCCUUUGAUCGGUACCUGGCCAUCUGCCGGCCCCUGCACUACCUGACCAUCAUGAGCCCGCGAGUGUGCGCCAUAAUCCCGGCCACAGCCUGGAUCCUGGGUCUCAUCCACUCUGUGGUCCAGGUGGCUUUUGUUGUCCACUUGCCCUUCUGCGGCCCUAAUGUACUGAACAGCUUUUACUGUGACCUCCCUCAGCUCAUCAAACUCGCUUGCACAGAGACCAAUGGCCUGGAGUUCAUGGUCACUGCCAACAGCGGGCUGAUCUCGGUGGGGUCCUUCCUUGUGCUGGUCGUGUCUUACAUCUUCAUUCUGGUCACUGUGUGGAAACACUCCGCAGGCUUAUCCAAGGCCCUGUCCACGCUGUCAGCACAUGUGACCGUGGUUGUUCUCUUCUUUGGACCAUUAAUCUUCUUUUAUACCUGGCCCUUCCCUUCAUCAAACCUGGACAAGUUCCUGGCUCUCUUUGAUGCCAUUCUCACUCCUUUUCUGAAUCCUGUUAUCUAUAGUUUGAGAAACAAGGAAAUGAAAGCGGCAAUGUGGAAGCUUUGCUAUCAGCUUUUGGGUUACAGAAAGAUGCCCUGA